AUGAAUACAUAUAUGCAUGUACCCCCAGGUUUUCGUUUCCAUCCAACAGAGGAAGAGCUCGUUGACUACUAUUUGAGGAAGAAAGUGGCUUCCACUGGGAUUGACUUGGAUGUUAUCAAAGAUGUUGAUCUAUACAGAAUUGAGCCAUGGGAUCUUCAAGGUAGCUUUCAUAUAAGCCAUUUUCUGUGGCAAUAAAAACCACCAGUUUUACUUAAUACAGGAUCUUGAGUUAUAUAGUAUGGUGGAUCUCCUUUUUCCUCGAACCAGAUGCAUGCAAGAUAGGAGAGGAGGAGCAGAGUGAGUGGUACUUCUUUAGCCACAAAGACAAGAAGUAUCCCACCGGUACCCGGACAAAUCGAGCAACAACAGCAGGGUUUUGGAAGGCAACGGGAAGGGACAAGCCUAUUCAUUCAAAGCAUGCCUUGGUUGGGAUGAGGAAGACAUUAGUCUUCUACAAGGGCCGAGCUCCAAAUGGGCAGAAGUCGGAUUACAUCAUGCAUGAAUAUCGACUCGAAACAAAUGAAAACGCGACUGUUCAGGUACAUAUAUUUAUUAUAUUUAUUGACAAUACCAAUUAAAAAUUUAACGCUCUUUCGUUAUCUCUACUAUCAUAUAAUGACAUAUAUGAAAUUUUUGUGUCGAAGUACAAUCCAUAAUGCUCUUUGAAUCCUCUCAUACGUGCAGCGAUCCUAUCUAUCUCUUCCAUCUGAUUAGAAAGAUUUUCCAUAUCAAAUGUUUCUUUUCAUGAUGAUAUGUUUCCAUUCUGAUGAACCAAAUGGGAUCGCAGAUUAUUUUCCGUUCUUCAAGAUGUACUCCCCGCAGAGAUAGAUAUCCGAAUACACAACUUUUGGAUUUUCUAGAUGUGAUAUGACCGCAAGAGCUUAUAUGUUCGUGUGUGUUCCAGGAGGAGGGCUGGGUCGUAUGCCGAGUGUUCAAGAAACGGAUUCCGGCGACAAGCAAAGGAAGCGAGCAGGAACCCCCAUGCUGGUUCGAAGAUCACUUUCUUUUCCCCACAGACCUCGGCUCUGCCGUGACGCCAUACAAUCAGUAUGUAUAUCCUUCUCGCAAGCGAGAGACGGAGUUCCACCAACACCUCCGUCAGGAGGCCUUCCUCCAGCUCCCUCAACUGGAGAGCCCCAAGCUCCCCAGCGACGUCAACCCUGGAAACUCUCUCCAUUUCUCCUUUCCCAUGGGGGAAGAAGAGACAGUUGAGCGUGGUGGCCACCGGCGGAUGAUCUCAUCGCACCGUGGCAGAUGUAAUUACUCAGCGCACACAGCCGAGGAACCGAUAGAUUGGAGGGUUCUCGACAAGUUCGUCGCAUCACAGCUUAGCCAAGACGAUGCCCCGGGUGAGCAGAACCACGUCUUCCAUGCUUCCAGCUCUCAAGAGCCUGUUAUGGACUAUCCAUCAACGUCAACAUCCAGUUCCCAGAUUGAUCUGUGGAAGUGA